AUGGCGGCAAGUUCAGAAGGCCAAAGCGUUAAGACGGCGCACGUCAACAUGAUGACGGACACCAUAAUCACAAAUCUCCCCGCUGAGAAUCUCCGGGUAAUCAUGCGUUCGCUAUUGGCCGCGCAUCCAGACAUCACCGCAACUUUCGAGGCUGAGACAAGAACCUACAUCAAAGAUGUAGCGUUACCAGCAGCUCAGGAAGAGCUGUCUUCGGAAGCAUCAUUGAAGAAGACACAGACGACAAUCCGUUGCAUGCUAGGAUGCGGGCUCAGUCUAGAGAGCCUCCCGCUCAUUACCAGGGUGGUCAGGGGCGGCAUCAAGCUUCUCAUUGUCCCAGAGACCACCAAAGAGAAUACAACUGCUGUCUUGGCGUCUGUUGAUGGCGACAUUGUCCAGAUCAUGACCGCCAUUGAGAAAAGACUGCUAGCAGCCGCUCGCGAAAGUCUUCUGGAAGACGAACGCGAUGCUGUGACCAGCUUGCAUAAGUCUCUUGUCGAGUGCAGAGUCAGUAUAGAAGAGAAGGGGCUGGAAUACCCCUACGCGAGAGCACUUUUCGCGACUUCCAUGCUUCUUGGAGAACCACUUCCUGUCUUCAAUCUGCCGUCGAGCGAUUCAUCGGGUCUGUGUGCAUCCCUCCCAGGCCCUGUAGAUGCGAAGGAGAUGUUUGAGAUGAACGGCUUCAGACUGCCUAGAUUGUUCACCGGGCUUUGGCAAAUGUCUAGCCCAUCCUGGGGCUCAGCGCCUACAUCCAAGAUCAUUGCUCAAUUCUCUAAACACAUGGAAGUAGGUCUUUCAGCGUUCGAUAUGGCGGACCACUACGGCGAUGCCGAGAUUAUCUUUGGCCGCUUCUGUUCGUCUUAUCCAUUCAGCGAUUCAACAUUUGCAGCGACCAAGUACUGUGUCUUCAACCCGAUGACAGUUACGCGUGCUGCUAUACGAGCCAAUGUCGCUGAAAGGUGCCGAAGGCUGCAGACAGACAAGAUCGACUUGCUCCAAUUCCAUUGGCAAUUCUAUGAGGACCCUCAGUAUGUGGAGGCUUUGCGUUUCCUUGAAGAAGACCCCCGCGUCAAGACCUUAGGACUCUGCAAUUUCGACACUGAGCACAUGAAAGUCGCAAUUGACCAAGGCAUCAAAAUUCAUUCGAAUCAAGUGCAGUUUUCGUUGAUCGAUAGCAGGCCAGAGGUUCACAUGGGCAAGGUCUGCCAGGAACACGACAUCAGACUCCUGACUUACGGAACAUUGUGUGGUGGAUUCCUCGCUGAAAAGUGGCUGGGAAAGGGGCAACCGGAUCUCUACGAUGAGGCGAUCACGCCCAGCCAGCGCAAGUAUUAUGCCAUGAUCCGCAGUUGGGGAGGGUGGGAUCUGUUCCAAGAUCUCUUGCAGGUGCUUAAAACAGUCGCAUCAAGACACAGCGUCAGUGUUUCCAAUGUGGCCACUCGUUGGGUGUUGGACUUCCCCUAUGUCGGGGCGGUCAUCGUUGGGACUCGAAUGGGCAUCAGCGAGCGCGCGGAUGAGAACCUAGCGAGUCUGGGAUGGUCUCUAAGCCAGCAGGAUCGAGAGCUAAUUGAAGAGGUUUUGAAGAAGAGCAGAAGGCUAGAGAUGUACGAGGCGAUGGGAGACUGUGGAGGAGAGUAUCGCUAG